AUGAUUGAGUCAAAAGCAGAAUGCAUGAAAAUAUUUGGAGGAGCUGCGAGAAGCCUAGAGAGAUCAUCUUCGAGCCUUGGUUCCAAGAACUUUGCAACUCAACCACCAGAGGAUUACUUCCCUACCAAAUGGAUUUCAAUUUUAUGUCUGCUACG